GCAGCAGGGGCGGGACGGAGCUGACAGGGCCGCAGCGGCUUGCCCAGCUCGCAUUCUCCGAACGUGCCCGGGCUGCUGCAACCCGCGCCCGGCGCGCUCGGAGAAGAGGGCGAUGGGCAGGAGAUGACCGGGAUUUCCCCGCUGUUUGGCCCUCGAAGAGCACCUGCUCCCUUCUCCUGGCGGUUCCAGGGUUGCAGACGUAGCAGAAAUCUGGUUGGAAUUGGAAGUAAAAAAAAAAAAGCCAAUGGAUUCUUUUCCUAAUUUAUCUGCAGAGAACUCAACGAUUAUAGUCAAUAUGACCAAUAAUUUGUCUACAACAGUAACAUAUGGAUUGAAUUCCACUAAUGACUCGCCUUCAAUGUCAAUAACAAGGCUUUUCCCAGCUUUGCUAGAAUGCUUUGGCAUAGUACUUUGUGGCUAUAUAGCAGGAAGGGCUAAUGUUAUAACAUCAACCCAGGCCAAAGGACUGGGAAAUUUUGUUUCCAGAUUUGCACUACCAGCUUUAUUAUUUAAAAACAUGGUCGUACUUAAUUUUUCCAAUGUGGAUUGGGCUUUUUUAUAUAGUAUCUUAAUUGGCAAAGCUUCUGUAUUUUUCAUUGUAUGUAUUUUAACCUUAUUGGUUGCCAGUCCUGAGAGUCGAUUUAGCAAAGCUGGACUAUUCCCUAUUUUUGCUACACAAAGUAAUGACUUUGCAUUGGGAUACCCUAUAGUUGAAGCUUUGUAUCAAACUACAUACCCAGAAUAUCUUCAGUACAUUUAUUUGGUGGCACCAAUAUCUCUUAUGAUGCUAAACCCUAUAGGGUUUAUCUUCUGUGAAAUCCAGAAAUCUAAAGAAAAUCAAAAUGCUUCACAAAACAAAGUAAAAAUUGUGGGACUUGGAUUUCUACGUGUGUUACAGAACCCAAUAGUAUUUAUGGUCUUCAUUGGCAUUGCUUUCAAUUUUAUUCUUGAUAAAAAGGUGCCUGUAUAUAUGGAAAAUUUUCUUGAUGGACUUGCAAAUUCUUUUUCUGGAUCAGCCCUAUUUUAUCUUGGUCUUACAAUGGUAGGAAAAUUAAGGAGAUUGAAGAAAUCAGCAUUUGUUGUAUUAACUCUUCUCAUCACAGCUAAACUCCUGGUGCUGCCACUUCUGUGCAGAGAAAUGGUGGAACUCUUGGACAAAGGUGACAGUGUAGUGAACCAUACAAGUUUAUCGAAUUAUGCAUUUUUGUAUGGGGUCUUCCCUGUAGCACCAGGAGUGGCUAUCUUUGCAACACAGUUCAACAUGGAAGUAGAGAUUAUAACUUCAGGGAUGGUAAUAAGCACACUGGUGUCUGCUCCAAUCAUGUAUGUUUCUGCUUGGUUACUGACCUUUCCCACUAUGGACCCUAAGCCACUGGCAUAUGCCAUCCAGAAUGUCAGUUUUGACAUAAGUAUUAUCAGCUUGGUCUCCUUGAUCUGGUCUCUGGCUAUUCUUCUCUUGAGUAAGAAAUAUAAACAGCUUCCUCAUAUGCUUACUACUAAUUUGCUCAUUGCUCAGUCCAUUGUCUGUGCUGGAAUGAUGAUAUGGAAUUUUGUUAAGGAAAAAAAUUUUGUUGGACAAAUUUUGGUGUUUGUUCUAUUGUACAGCUCCCUGUAUAGCACCUACCUGUGGACAGGCCUUCUGGCAAUUUCUUUAUUUCUUUUGAAAAAACGAGAGAGCAUUGAAAUUCCUGUUGGAAUCAUCAUAAUAUCUGGCUGGGGAAUUCCUGCUCUCCUUGUUGGUGUGCUUUUGAUAACUGGGAAACACAAUGGAGAUAGCAUUGACUCAGCCUUCUUUUAUGGAAAAGAGCAGAUGAUCACCACAGCAGUCACCCUAUUCUGCAGCAUCCUGAUGGCGGGUGUGUCACUCAUGUGCAUGAACCGCACCACUCAAGCUGGACACUAUGAAGGCUUUGGCCAGCAACAGAGCCAUAAGCCAGUGGAUCCUGGAAACACUGCUUUUGAGGAGAGUUCAACACCAGCAAAUGCACCAGAACUUUUCACAAGUUCUAUCCCAGAAACAAGUUGCUGCUCUUGCUCCAUGGGAAAUGGUGAUUUACACUGUCCAUCAACGGAACCAGUAGCAAACACAAGCACUAGUGGGCCUGUGACUCCUUCGUUUGAGAAAAAUGAUCACUGUGUGAGCCGCUGUAACUCCCAGAGCUGCAUAUUAGCCCAAGAGGAAGAACAGUAUCUGCAGAGUGGGGACCAGCAACUGACAAGACAUGUCUUGCUGUGUCUACUUCUCAUUAUUGGCUUGUUUGCUAAUCUUUCCAGUUGUUUGUGGUGGUUAUUCAACCAAGAGCCUGGAAAACUAUAUGUUGAGUUGCAGUUUUUUUGUGCCGUGUUUAACUUUGGCCAGGGAUUUAUUUCCUUUGGAAUCUUUGGAUUGGACAAACAUUUAAUCAUCCUACCUUUCAAAAGAAGGCUUGAAUUUCUAUGGAAUAAUAAAGAAACAGCAGAAAGCAGAGAUUCUCCUGUUUCUGAGGAAAUAAAAAUGACUUGUCAACAAUUUAUCCAUUAUCAUCGUGACCUCUGUAUUCGAAACAUUGUCAAGAAAAGAAGGUGUGGUGCAAAGACUUCUGCUGGGACCUUCUGUGGCUGUGACCUGGUGAACUGGCUCAUUGAAGUUGGCCUUGCCUCUGAUCGUGGUGAAGCUGUGCUAUAUGGAGACAGACUGGUACAAGGGGGUGUCAUCCAACAUAUUACCAAUGACUAUGAAUUUCGGGAUGAGUACUUGUUUUACAGAUUUCUUCAAAAGAGUCCUCAACAAAGUCCUCCUGCUACUCAUGCAAACACCCCUCAACAGGAAAGCUAUAAAGUAAUUGAGCAUUCAUCCCCAUCCUCACUUUCCCCUAAGAUAUAAAUUAUGAAGCAAGGAACCCCACAACAAUAAUCAUGUCUAUCACUUUUUGGCUGUGUGACCUUGGGCAAGUUCCAGCCUCUCUGAGCCUCAGUUACUUUUUUUGUAAAACCUGGUAAGACACAUCUCUACCCCAAACUGACAUCAUGUGAUCUUAUGUGUAUAUAAAACACAUUGGAAACAUAAGGAAAAGGGAAAACCAAAUCAAAAGUUCAGGUUCUGAUAAUGAAUAAUUACUAGAAUACUAACAUGCCAACAUUUAAAGUAAUUUCUUCCUAUAACUGCUAUAAUUUAAAACUCAACACUGACUAUCCUUUACACUGUCAAGUUCAGUAAAUUUACUGCUAGACAAAUGCACCUUAAAUUAUAUCAGUUUACACUUAUUGAUAGAAUUCUUAAAAAAAGAAUUUUAAUAAUUCUAAAAGGUCCUUAUUCUUUUAAUUUUUCCAUUUCUUUGACAAAUAUUAUUUAUUUACAAACUAAAGGUAUUACUUUUUAAGAUUUGUAUUUCUUGCAUUUCUACGCAAAAUACUAAAAUAUAUGUUAUUAGGAAAGGAAUACAAUGGAUGUGAGGGCAAUGGGGCUGUGGCAUCUGUCUCCCCACUGAUCACCAGGAUUGAUUCCAGAAUCUGGCUGGCAAGGCCUGGCAGGCUGCAUGGGUGUCCCCUUCUUCCCUCACCACUCCAUGUGUGUCCCUCCUGAAACUGUGCAAUUAGACAAAGAGGAUAGCCUUCUCCAAGACAGGGAGAUGUUCUUCAGACACAAGUGUAUAAGUGGCUGCAUUACCCAGCCAGAACCAACAAACAAGCUCUCAAAGAAGGGAAUAACAACUUCAGAGACAUUCAUCAUCUCCAUAAUCCUUUAACAAAAGAAUAAUCUGAUCUUUUACUACAGGCAAUUUGAACAUAUUCAUUUAAGUGUUACUAAAAUUGUGCUAUGUAAUGUAUCAUCUCUGGAAUUUGCAAAAUAUUAAAAUGCAGAAUAACUCUAGCAAUAAUUUGUUCCCUGCAGUGAAGAAAGAAAAAGAAUUGUAAAAAGGAAAAAAAAAACAUACAUACAUGUGUGAAGAUAAUAUCUUAAAAUUCUAAAUCUACCAUUCUACCACUGUUUAGAAUUCAGUUUUUUUAAGUGCCUAUGUAGUUGGACACCAGUAGCUCACACUUAUAAUCCUAGUUAUUUCAGGAGUCUGA